AACGACAAUAUUAAAAGGAUAUGUAUAAGCAAUAAAGUGAUAUAUGCUAAAUAUUACUGUAUAGCUUAGGGCGUUUUUAUGCACUUUAAGACGCCACAAAGUAGGCAAAGGCAUAAAUAAAGCAUAGACACAGUUUAACUUACUCACACACAGCUGCAUCGAUUGAAAAAUCGAUAAGCUUGACGUUCGCGUGUAUUUGUGUGUGAAGUUCUAAUGCCGGCGCAUAACAAAAACAACAACAUUUAUAGUAUUACGCUAGAGGAAGAAGCAGAGCAGUAGACUGACAAAGGCAAAGUGUAAACAAGGAUAAAAAUACAUGUUUUAGGGCAAAUGACGAAGCUCAACGAGGCAGCUCAACAACGGAAAGAGUAAGGGUUGGCUCUUGCAUAUACUAUUAAAGCAGCUCACUUUAAGCCAAACACCCCCAACCAUUGCGAUUAGACGUUAUACGUAUGCCAAUCACCUAUUUGUAGCUACAAUGCAGACGCUGCGCAAGAAAACGAGUCCUUGCAAGUAUCGCAACGAUCCCGGACGCUUCUUUGGCGAUGGGGUGCAGUUCAAGGCCAAGCUCAUUGGCAUACUGGAGGUGGGCGAGGCGCGCGGCGAUCGCAUGUGCCAGGAGGCGCUGCAGGAUCUCAAAAUGGCCAUACGCGCCGCCGGCGAGCACAAGCAGCGCAUAAUUAUACAUGUGACCAUCGAUGGGCUGCGACUGCGUGAUGAGAAGACCAGCGAUUCACUCUAUCAUCAUCCGGUGCACAAGAUUUCGUUUAUAGCGCAGGACAUGACGGAUUCGCGUGCUUUUGGUUAUAUAUUUGGUUCGCCGGACAGCGGGCAUCGCUUCUUUGGCAUUAAGACGGACAAGGCGGCCAGCCAAGUGGUGCUGGCCAUGCGUGAUCUCUUCCAGGUGGUGUUCGAGCUGAAGAAGAAGGAAAUUGAAAUGGCGCGCCAGCAAAUUCAGGGCAAGACGCUGCAUGAUCAUGCCAGCCAGCUGGCUACGUUGUCCUCCUCGCUAAAGUCUGGACACGAACAUGCGUCAAGUUCCUCAGCUGCUGCCGCUGCCAGCGCAGCGCAUGGCUUGGGCAGCAGCACGAACGGCCUGGGUGGACUUACGCGUUUGGGCGUUAGUUUGGAUGUGGCCAGAAGUUCUGGUGCAGCUGCCAAGGAGAUUUCGCCCGAGUCUGUGGCAGAUCUUGUGGAUUUGGAGCAGGAGCUAACCAGCCUGCAACGCGGCAUUAGCCAAAUGGAACGCAUUACCCCCAAUGAGCCCAGUCAUCAUCAGCCUGGUGCUGCGCCGCUGGCAAAAUCCGCCAGCGAGGAUGAUCCAUUUGGCGAUUCCUUUAUAUAUGUGCCCGCCUACAAUAUACUGCCCCCGCCUCCCGAUUCUGGACGCACGCGUCACAAGCCGCCCAGCAAAACGCCCGAGUGCACAGCAGGCUCAGCGCUGGAUGCAAUCACAACGCUAUUGUCACCAGUGCCAGGUGCAAGCGGCUCACCAGCCACGCUGCAGGCUACAGACGAUGACGAGAGCUGGUUGCAUGAGCUGCAGCAGCAGCACGAUGUGUUUGAUACUACACGCGUCACAGCCACGCCCACGCCCAUGACAGCAGCUGCAGUGCUGGUAAUACAUAUCGAGUUGGGGUUAAGUGGCUUAACAAGCUUGUCUGAGCCCACAGAGGGCGCCACUACAGCAGCAGCAGCGAACAUGUCGGCGGAUGCGUUUACCGAUCUGGAUCCACUGGGCAUUGGUCGCACUCGUCCGUAUGUCGAUAAGAAAUAUUUUUUUCAAGAGCUCAAGAAUCCGCCCAAGAAGCAGCUUAAGGAGCUUGGCGCGGCGGGCAGUCAAAGCGAUAACUUUGAUGACUUUCUGUGUGGCAAGGAUGCCUCCUCUUCUUCGCUCUUCGAGGAGCAGCCAAGCACUACUAACAACAUAACCACAAGCACUCCCAACGCACUACCAACCACAACAACAGCCACAGCCACAGCCACCGCAGGUAGUAGUGAAUCCGCUCGAGAAUUGCUGCAAUUAAGCAGCACAGGGAACAGCACCACUAACACCACCAACACCACUACCAACAAUAAUGCCAAUCAACUUGGCCAGCACCUGCCACUAACCAAACCGCCAACCCAAUCCCAAACCCACUCCCAAUUCAAUUCCAUUGCCGCUUCCGCUCUGCGUUCCCUCAGCCAGAGUCAAGAAGACUUUACGGCAGCGAAGCUGAAGCUUAUGCUGCGCCAGAGCGUUGCACACUUGUCCAAGUCCACUAAUCCAGCGCUCCACUAUUAUACCACAGAGUCCACACUGGAGCCACUGCCUCAAGAUCCGGUGCUGCUGCCACGCGACACAGAUCCCUUCUCGCCCACGCGCAAGAAGAGCGAUCCGGAUCCGUUUCAAGACGGCGAUCUGUUUGCCAAGCUGGAUGCCUUCGAGUUUGAUCCGCCUGCCGUUACCAACGCCGCCGCCACUGGCACCCAAUCCUACAAUGGCCCGCUGCAGGUGCAGCUGCCGCCGGAGCAGCAACAGCAGCAGCAGCAGCACAGCUGGUCAACGGAUCUCUCCAGCGUGCCAAGUGGAAGCAGUGUGCGUCAUCGCCCCACGCCCGUGGCCAGCGUCGUUAAUGUGGGCGGCCCCUUGGACGUUAUCUCCAGCAUAAGCAACAAGAAGAUGCCGCAUCUGUUUGGCCAGGCGCGCUUCUCCAAGCGCGGCGACUCCUCCACGGGCAUUGGCUCCAGCGUCAACAUGCGCCGCCUGCAGGAGAGCGACUCGCUCAGCGAGAACGAGGCGGCACCAGAGCCGCCACCACGACCCGAUGCCACGCCCUACAGCGAGCCGCCGCCGCUGCCGCCCAAGAAGCAAUUCAGCGAGCUGGUCAUACGGCCCACGCCCACAGUAACGCCCACCAGCAGCAGCAGCAGCUCGCGCUACGACUACAUGAAUCACUCCAGCAGGCAGGAUCAGGCUGCAGUGCGUCGUGGCACCGACGCGCCGCCCAUACCGCUGCCCUCGCGUCGCGUGGGACGCAGCGAUGGCGCCUUUCCCGGACCCGGACGACCACGCAAACCAGGCCACACCGAGGAUGACUACCUGGCGCCACUGGCACCGCCGCCCAGCAGUCGCGCGCGUCCACAGCGCCAGUGCUCCUUGGGCGCCAGCAGCGCGCGCCCGCAGGACAUUUACGAGAACAAGGCGGAGAUACUGGCCCAGGCCAAGGCGGAGAGCAGCGCACCGCUGGCGCCAGACAUUACGCUGACGCAGCUGCUCACACUGGGCAUGGAUGAUCUCGCUUCGAAGCUGAAUGUGCCUGCCAGCAAGCUGAGCACCAUGACGCUGGUGCAGCUCACCGCGUAUCUCUCGGACUAUUUGCAGUCCAGCGGCGAGCAGCCCGCCCAAUCUCCGCCAGCAGCUGCGCCGCCCGCUGCGGCCGCUGUGUUCAAAGUGAACUUUGAUCAGCAGACCUCGUUUGUGGCCAAGUUCGAUGAUACCUUUGGCGAGGAUUUGCCGCAGCAGCAGCAGCAGUCGCAUGAGCAGUUUGUGGCCAACUUUGCCAACUUCAAUGAGGCGCCAGUGACCGCAGCGCCGCCUGCUGUGCCGCCCGCAGAUCGCUAUGCGGUAUUCCGCGAGAUCAUAGACCAGGAGCUGCAGCAGCAGCAGCAGGAGCAGGAUCUGAUGGGUGAUUUGACGCCGCCGCCCACAGCGACAAACGCUGGGGAGAGCAACGCUGAAGCGCAGCAGCCGCUGCCGGCGCCAGCGUUGGCUGCCACACCAGAACCGGAACCUAUAAAGAUAGACACCAAGAUUACGGAGGUAGUGGCGCAGGCCAAAGAUCGCUAUGCAGCGCUGCGUGACAUUAUUCUGGUGGAGAAUCUGUUCGAUAAGCCAGUGGCAGCGCCGCCGCCAGCAGUGGAGAAGGAUUUGCUGCAAGACUUGUUCAGCGAUGAGUUCAACGAGGAUCAGGACAUACGCCAGUACAUGGACGAUGGCGCGCACGAUCGACGCGGCCUGGUGGACAGUCGUGGGCUGCCCGCGGAGCCUUCCUCAUCAGCGCUUACUGUGGCCGACGAUGAUGACGACUGCGAGAGCAGCCUGGACAGCAACGAGAAGGAUGCGGAGCAGGUGAGCGCACAGGAUCAAUACGAGAAGUUAUCGACCAGCGCCGACAAAAGCGAAUUCAAGUCCGAGGAGCAGCUGCCCGUAGUGAAGCCAGAUCAGGCUACAGCUAAAUUUCUGACCGUGCGCGAUGACAUCGAAAUCGAUGAGCUAAUGCAGCGCGCCAUAUCCAAUUUGUCGCUGGACUCACGUGACCGCAUCUCGCCCGCCAAUUGCGCCAGUCGCGGCGCUCAUAGUUUGCACACGCCCUCGGGUCAGUUCAACGAUGUGAGCACCUCGCCCAUUCCGCUGCAGAAAUCUCCAGCGCCAACGCUCGCAGUCGCUGAGUUGGCAUCGCCAGUGCCCGCGCAGCUGUGCGCAGUGUCGCAGCUCAUUGAUGCCGCCACCAAGCAGCAGCAGCAGCAACAGCAGCAACAGCCGCUGCCCUCCUGGGCCACAUUUGACUCACCCAAAGCGCCAGCGAGCAAACCUAAAGCGCGUUUGACGCUGCCGCCGCCGCCACCCGCUUCCAACACCUCGCAGCACGACACUGCGGAGUCGCCCUGCAGCUCCGAUCCGCGCGAUGAUGCAGGCGGCUGGUCAAAGCAGCAGCAGCAGCGCCGCUGGGCCAAGAAGGAGCGCCAGCAUACCUCCUCCUCCUCGCGCGAUUUGUCGCCCUGGGACGAUGAUGCAUCCGAGUAUCACAAGCAGCGUCGUGCGCUGCCGCCGCCCGCUCCAGGCUCAGCUGCUGCAGCUGCCCAUGGCUACUACAUGCGGCAUCCGCGACGCCUCAACAGCUGCGACGAGGAUUACGACUAUGAAGCGGAGUUCUGCGCACGCCGGGAACGCGAGCAGCCGCCGCGCAAGUUCAAGCAAGGACUCUCACGCAGUAGGGACAACUUUGAGCUGGAUUCGCCCAGCUGGUAUCAUCAUCCGGCGCAUCACACGUGGUCGCCGCAGGAGAUUGAGCAGGGCGUGCGUGGUGCGCGCUCCUUUGAGCGCAGCGUCUACGAGCGCGCCAGCUAUGGCCCGCCGGGCUAUGAUAAGCGUGGCCAGCCGCUGGCCAGAGAGCGCGCCAAGUAUCGCGAGCGUGAGCGGGAGCGUGAGCGCGAACGCGAGCGUGAGUAUCGCGACUACGCGCGUCCCAGCUACGAGUUCGACUACGAGAAUGUUUACGAGGAGCGGCGCUCGCCCAUGGGUCGGGCGCGCGCCGGCGACUAUCACUACAAGCGCGAGCGCGACAGAGAAUCGCUCGAGUCGUUUGAGAGCUCCACGCGACGUCGGCGCAGCUUUGGCAGCGGCGGCGACGUCUACGGCAGUCUGGACAGUCGCGAUGAGUAUCGUGAUCUCAAGACGCGCUCGCUGCGCAAGCACAACGCGCAGGCAGCGGCAGCAGCCAAGCUGCGCGUUAGCGGCGACAUUGACUAUGAGCAGGACUCGGAGCAGGACUUUCAGCAGCAGCAGCGCAGUCAGCAGCAGCGCAGUCAGCAGCGGCCCAGUCAGCUGGGCGGCGACGUUGUGCCGGGCGCGCCGCAGCGACUGCGCAAAAGCAGCGGCUCCAGUCCCUGGGAUGGCGAGGAGCCUGCCAUGCUGGGACAGAAGCCUUGGAAGCGUCCAGCCAGCGCAGCAGACACAGAGCGCCGCUUGGCCGAGAGCAGACGCGCUGCAGCUUUGGCGCAAACGCCCUCCGAUGGCGAGAAGGAUCGCAGAUUCCGCAAGAAGACGCGCGCACGCAGCACCAAGGAUUUGGCCACAGUGGGCAGAGGCUAUGGCAGUGCUCGCUAUGAUUACAUCAAUCAACGUCCACACAAUGAUGACGACGAUGAGGAUGACGAUGAUGAUGAGGACUAUGUGGACGAUGAGCCGCCCACGGACGAGGACAAGUUUGAGCGUCUGAAUCGGCGACGCCAUGAAAUGCAUCAGCGCAUGCUGGAGAGCGAGCGUCGCCAGCUGGAGCGCCACGCUCCAACACUAGCCAAGCUGCCAGCACAGCGCGUGGCGCGUGGCGGCGUCACUAGCGACUACGGCUUUGUGGACAGCUAUGAGCAAACGCCUACGCCCAGAUCCAAUGCAAGCAGCACUGCCGUCGUCAUGAGCGGCGGCGAAUCCUCCGCAGGUGGCAAAUUCAAUUUUGACGAUGGCUUCGAGUCGGACUUCAAUCAAAGUUCGCCGCCGCCUGCGCCUGCGGGCACUGCCUCCAGUGCAACUUCCACGCCAGCGGGUUUGAUCUCCGCCAGCAGCAGCGCUGCCGCCGUUGCCGGCAACAAGUCGCUUUUCCGUUUCUCCAAUGAUUUCUCUGCUGAGCGCGAGAAGCGCGAGCGUGAGCUGGAGCUGGAUACAAGCGCCAGCGCAACUGGAGCAGCAGCAGUAACAACAACAACGCCGCCUAUAACACAAAAGCUGCGCUUUGAUGACAACGUCAAGGUGUCCCAGUUCGAUGAUGCUGCAUUCGAGGACGACUUUGCCAAGGCCUCGUUUGACUUUGACAAGGAGCCGGCGUCGCCAGCGCCUGCGCCAAGUCGCAAGCAAAACAUGCGCAGCAGCAAACUGCAGCAGCGUCAGGAAUUGAUUAAGAAGUCCGAGUCGGUCAACAUAUUCGCCAAGAAGCAGGAGGAUCCCUUCGAGGACGACGAGUUCUUCAAGUCACCCGAUGCGGAGCAGCCAGAGCAGCCGCAGCAGUCGCAAUGGCAGGAGCAAAGCAACUUUGCCAAAUUCGAUGAAAACAUGUGAUUUGAUCAACUGUUUGCCAAGGCCAAGGCCAAUGCCAAGACGCACUCAUCCGAAAGCGACGAGGGCGCCAAUUAUGCCGAGAUCGAUGUAGUCAAUGAUAACGGCAUUUGUUACCUAACCAAUCUCAAUCACUACUAUCAACAGCAGCGACUGCAGGCACUGCAGUUGAUACAGGAGCACGACUACUGCAAUUUGCCGCCCCCAACCAAAUCCAUAGCCACUUCCACACACGACGAUGCACAAGCCCCGCCCAAGAGCAAGAGCAGACUGAAGCUGCUGCUGCGCAAGCCACGCAAAUGGAAGCUCAAGCGCAGCUUCGAUGAGAUUGUCAAGUGUCUGAUUAUUGCCUCCUCCGAGCAUGUCUACGACUAUGAUGUGCUCUGGUAGGCCCCAUCCUAAUCCUAAUCUAGUCAAAAACAGAGCUUUGAAUCCCACAAAUUUGUAAUUCAUUGUUUAAUUAUUGUAUUUAAAUUAAUUUAAUGCUUGACUGAUUCAAAGCUCUGCGGCCAUUUGCACCCAAAAAAAAAAAAGAAAAA